AUGCCAGCUUUCCUGCAGAUCGAUCCAGUGCAGGUAAAGGACGCCGGCGAGUACCGUUGUCGGGUGGACUUUAAGAAGGCACGAACAGUCAACACCGUAAUACAGCUCAAAGUUAUUGACCGUCCGGAGCUUUCACUGCAGCUCGGCACUACUACCCUCUCCCUGCAGUCGAUCCAGGAAGGGAAUGACAUCUAUUUCGAUUGUGUCGUGGACGCCAGUCCUAUGCCCGUUGGCUCGAUUGUCUGGCGCUUUAAUGAAGAAAUAUUAGAGCCGCGACAAGCAACACUUGCCUAUGGACUGUCACUCUUUGAGUCGGCCAAGUUGGUGUGCGAAGUGGAGGCCAAUCCCAUGCCGUCCUCUUUUCGCUGGAAAUUUGAACGCGAACUGGAGCUGUCCUCCUUUCGGUCGCACAACUUUAGUUCGGUGGUCCUCUAUCGACCCAACUCAACCCAACAUUACGGCACCAUCGAGUGCACUGCCAAGAAUGACGUCGGCAUUCAGGUGAUUCCCUGCAAAUAUCACAUCAUCGACUCUGGGCCACCUAAUUUUCCGUUUCACUGUCUGUUGCACAAUCAAAGCGUAACCCAAGUGAGCAUUCAGUGCAGCAGCGAGAGACAUGGCAACGAUGUAAACUAUGCACUCAACAGCAAAACGGCAGUCUCACAAACGAUUUUCGUUCACCCAAUCACGUUCUAUGUGGCAGAAGUGUACGAUAAAUCGGGUAGUCUUGUACAGAACCUCACCUUAUCACCGCCAAUGCCUCGUAUCUUUCCAACUGAUGACAAUCGACAGACGCCUGCCUCAUCUGCAGCCAACUCUUCGGCGUUCAACUUUUUAAUUGGCCACCUGGCUGAGUCGAGCAUCUACAAGGUGCGAAUCUACGCCACCAACUCCAAGGGAAAGAGUGAUCAAAUAUGGAUUAGCGCGCCUACCUUACGCAAGGCGGAGAAGUACAUCGACAGCAACACCACCGAGUCCAGUCUUGUGUUCUCCACGUACUCCUUAAGUCAUAUCAAGUGGUUCGUCACCAGUCUGUGCGUCUUUCUUCUCAUCCUCCUCGUCGUCAUUGUCACUGCAAUCACCUACAUGUCACGUCUCUGUCAGCGCAUCAGACGCAACUCGCCCAAGGGCAAUGCCAGUGAAGCUGUAGCGGCACCCGAGGAGAUGAUGGCUGCUGGAGUGAGCGAAACCAGUGCAAACUAUGCGCUGGAGAGCCUGGGCAUUCAGACGGUGUACACUGAGACCAAUGACGCCAUCUGCAAUGAAUACUACAGCAACUUGCUGGCCACACAGUACAGUCCAAAGACCACCGAAGACAUGCAACUGCUCAGUUUAGAUUUGUACAAAAUCAACAAAGGUCCGCCAGAUUUAAUACCUACGUUUUAUUUCAACGAAGACGGCGCUAACAAUGACAUUCUGCACCUCAACAGCUGA